AUUGCCUAUUAUCCAACUCGACUUGCUUAUACAAGUUUAAUAACCAUUGCCUAACAAAAAGUGAUGGUGCUUAUCGCCAUGCAAUAGUUUUCGGCUGACUGUGUAUAGGGAAAAGAUGAUGGGAUCUAAAGAAGCUCCUAAAAAAUACUUCGACAUUUGGUGGGCAGGGAUUAAAAGGUUGCCUGAAACGACUUCAAUUCAUGGAUUUAGAUUUAUUGCAGAUUCGAAACGUCACUGGACAGAACGAAUAUUCUGGCUAGCGUUCGUGGCGCUGUCUUGGUACGGGUCGUCGCUGCUGAUCCAGGCUCAGUACAAGGCUUACCAGAACUACCCGAUAUCGUUCGUGGUGGAGACCACGUACAAGGACUGGAAUACAGACUUCCCAUCUGUGGCGGUUUGCGAGAACGAUAACACGAAGCGUAUUGAAGAAAUUUCUGACAAGUUGUGGGGAGAAGAUCAUGAUUUCAAUAUGGAAGAAGUGCUAAAAGAAAUAGCAUUUUUUAAGGGUAUUACAUACUAUACUUCCGAAUUUUGUGGCUUGGAAAACCCUCUAUCUGAUUGUGUCAAGGGAAAUCUCAGUCAAUAUGCAAAUAUGGUAGGAAAUGAAGUGAUUUAUGUUCAGGUUCGCAGCAGCUGUGAGGACACAUUUGCCAAUUGUUCGUGGAACGGGGAAAGUUUUCCGUGCUGCAAGUACUUUAGGCCCAUGGAAACUGAACUGGGUACUUGUUUCGUUAUCAAUAGCAUUCAAGGGAGGUACGUUCUGGUAAUAAUAUAUAUAAAUAUUCCAUUUCCUAGCUGUUUGAAUAUAUAUUUUUUUAUAUUUUGUAGUGUCUUGAGCAGUAAUAUACUAAAAACAUUUCAUUUUAGGGAUAAACACGUACCAAAAUUGCCUAUGGUCAGCAACAAAACCACAGGUCCGGGCGCCAUAAACUUUCUCGUUUUGGUCACUGCUAAUGUCUAUAUCCUGAAUGAGGAAGAAGUGCCUUCUUUGACUACUUUGGGAUCCGAUGUUUUGACUGUUGGUCCGGAAGUUACACAUAAGCGAUACAUAACUAUAAGGAACAUUGAAAACGACAGAGAAGCGCGGAUGAUCUCGCCAGCCAAAAGAAAGUGCCGGUACACGGAUGAGAAUUUUCUAGACGUGUAUCGACAUUAUUCGUACACUGCAUGCACCGUGCAAUGCAGGAAGGAUGCACAACUACGCCUAUGCAACUGUACCAACUACUUCAUGCCAAAUGUACCUGAUCAUCUCAAGUGUGAUGUCAGCGGCAUCAUAUGUUUGAAUGACCACGUCAAUGUGCUUUCUGUGAGUAGAAUAAUAGAAAGUCGACAGAAUAUUUUCUCAGGUUUUACGCGGUUUCUCAGCAGUUUAUUUUCCCAGGUUUUACGCGCUGAAUGGUCAUCGAGGACUGGCUUAUAUUGUAAUUGCUUGCCGUCUUGCACUGAAGCAGAAAUAUCUAUCGUGAAGGAUUUUAAGGCAACCACUUCGGAGCCCUAUGCAAACGUCCAAAUUGCGCUGGCCAUGUUACCAAGCGAGAAGUACAGGAGGAAUGUAGUGAGAGGGGUUUUAGACUUAGUAGUAUCUACUGGAGGUACUGGGGGUCUCUUCCUUGGAGCAAGUAUACUGAGUUUCGUGGAGUUGCUGUAUAUUCUUCUCAUCCGCCCCUUCUGUGACAUAUAUAGCAAAAGAGAUGACGAUCCCUGGUACAGAAAAUAUGGGACGCGAAAGCUAGAAGACAACAAAUUCAUUCCUAACCCAGUUUGGAGCUACGAAACUGUAAAGAACGAUAAAGAUAUAAAACGUCGUAUUCAAGACAUGCAGCAAACUGCUGAAAAUCCUAAUUGA